AUGGCUGAAACUUCCAAAUUUCAUUCAGCCUUAGCCAUCACCAAUGUGAAAACUCUCAUCCCCAUCACAUUGGACUUGGAAUCAAGACAGUACCAUUCAUGGGCGGCGUUAUUCAAGGUUCAAGCCAGGGUUCAUAACGUGCUUGACCAUAUCAUCCCACCCACUGAUGCAAAAGAGAAAGCUGCGUAUGACAAGGCCAAAGCCGAGGAUCUCCCUCUCUGGAAACGACUUGAUGCGGCGGUCUUACAGUGGAUUUAUGCCACGUUCUCCUUCGACAUCCUCACCUCCAUUCUCAUCGAUGAUGACUCGGCUGAACAUGCUUGGCACAGUGUUGCGGAUCUCUUUCAUGAUAAUAAAAACUCAAGGGCCUUGUAUCUCAAUAAGGCAUUCACCAACACAAGUCUUGCGGAUUUUUCGACGACAAAUGCAUAUUGCAAUCGUCUCAAAAGUCUUGCCGAUCAACUCGCCAAUGUCAGAGCUCCCGUCAAUGAUCAAAGUAUGAUUUUGAGAAUGCUACAAGGAUUGACAGAACAAUAUUCUAAUUUUGUCACUGUGAUGCAAAACAAGAAAAGCCUACCAAGUUUUGCUAUAGCUCGUUCCAAACUCGCCUUGGAGGAGACCACCAUUUUAGAGCGAGCAAAACAAGAAUCUGCCCUUGUAGCCCAUUCCCAAACUUCAGAUGAUGAUAUGAAUCACCAAAAUCCUUCUCAAGGUAAUUCUAAUCAUAAUAAUCAUCAUAAUAAUAAUAAUCAUCGUGACAAAAAUGGUACAAACAGAAAAAACAAUAAGAAUUCUGGCGGUCGGAACUCUGGCAAGGGUGGUCGAAACUUUGGCAGUGGUUCAGCUGGUGGGUCCGGUAGUGGUGGCGGACGUGGAAGACACCCACAACAAUGGCAGCCUGGGUCUUGGAUGCAGUGGGCUCCAUGGAUUUGCCCUCCUUCUCCAUAUCCUUCCUACAAUAAUUGGGCCAGGCCCACUUUCACUCCUCGACCACCACAGCAUGGUCUUCUUGGACCAAAACCUCAAUAG